AUGAUCAUCCUGCGAGGAUAUGGCUCCUUGGAGGAGUUACUAGAGAUGAUAACAUUGGCACAACUUAAAAUCCAAUAUAGACUGCUUCCUUGGGAGCACUCAAGGUCCGUAUCACGUUCCAGGUCCAUAACACGUUUUAGAUCAUGGUCUACACCAAGGGACAGAUCUAGGUCUAGGUCUGGUUCAAGAGGUCGUGGCAGAAGCUGGCUGGUUUUGUGUGCCUUCCACAUGGUUUUAGCAAGACACAUCGAGUGGCUGUCUUUGCGGAAGGAGCUGCUGCAGAUGAGGCUCGAGUGGGUGGAGCUUAUAUUGUUGGCGGCCAAGAGCUGGUGGAAUAGGUUGACUAGGGCCUUGGCCUACUUAUUGCUCGAAAGGUUGGUCAAGUUCAAACAAGCAAGUCGCUUAUUGGACGUGGACAAGUCUUAG